AAUAUUUUCUGAAAAGCAUAUGGGAAUAUUGAGAAGUGCGUGACUCAAACCACGCAGCCAUACCAAUGGAGACACCUCUCGAGUCUCCUUUUUCUACACCUCUUCAACUCUUCUUCAAUCUACAAUCUUUACUCAGAAUCCUUUCGUUUUCGUUCUGUUUGGAUGUCUGAGGUCUCACUUUCUCUAUAAUCUUUACUUCUAUUUUCUUUCUUCUCUUCAAACAAACCAACUCAAAUCAUAAUAUUUUCCGCUUUUUAUCUUUCUUUCCAACUUGUUGCUGUCCUUCAAUUCUUGGGAUUUUGAUUUCUUAAUGUGACUUUCGUGCUUAUUCUCUUCGCUUAUGGCUGAGAGUUGCAGCUCAAAGUAGAAUAAAUUCUAUCUUUUUCUUGGAAAUUAAUUGUUCAACUUCUUUUCUGCUUCUUCAAGUUUAAAGGUCUCAUGUUGGAUUUUUGUUUUUUCGUCUCUCUCAUACCCGAGAACAAGAUUGGAUUUUUUUCUUGUAUUAUCGAGAUUCUCGUCGUUUCUUCAAAGGAGGGUCGUUUUUAGAUUUUUUUUAGUUUAUGCCUUUAACCAAAAAACAAAAAAUUGUUCUUGAUUCCCUGUACAACGAUUCUAAAUCUGCUUCGUUUUUAAUCAUUCGUAAACCCAUUAUGAACUUCUAAGUAUUAACUUCUUCUAUCAUCGCAAAAUAAAACUUCUUAAUAUGGAAACUCUGUAUCCAGCAUCAUAUAUGUCGGGUUCAAGUUGGUUUCUUCAGGAAAGCCAGAGCACAAGCUGGACUAAAGAAGAGAACAAGAGGUUUGAGAGUGCUCUUGCAAUUUACAGUGAUGGCACGCCGGAUAGAUGGCUCAAAGUUGCAGCUCUAAUACCGGGAAAGACAGUGCUUGAUGUUAUGAAACAGUACAAAGAAUUGGAAGAAGAUGUGAAGGAUAUAGAAGCUGGAAAGUUUCCAAUUCCGGGUUAUUAUGGCUCAUCUUUCACAUUAGAGCUGGUUUCUGAACGUGAUUUUGAUGCUGAUAGGAAGACACCAUUGGUGAAAAGCUCGGAUCAGGAGAGGAAGAAGGGUGUGCCUUGGACUGAAGAAGAGCACAGGCUGUUUUUAAAAGGGCUUCUUCAGUAUGGUAAAGGGGACUGGAGAAAUAUCUCCAGGCAUUUUGUAAUCACUAAGACUCCUACUCAAGUGGCAAGCCAUGCUCAGAAAUACUUCAUAAGGCAGCUAUCAGGAGGGAAAGACAAGAGGAGACCAAGCAUCCAUGACAUCACUACUGUCAAUCUUGCUGAUCCAAAUUUAUCAGACAAUCGAAAACCUUGUUCCUUCAAUCUAUCCCAUGAGCUUCCACAGCAACAGAAGUCUUCUGGCUUGCUGAAAGCUGGACCUGAAUGGAAUGAUUCAAACAAUGGAGCAGUGAUUUUUGAUACAUCUCACGAUAACCUGUUUGUGCCAUCUGCGUUUGACAUUUGUUCAAAUGGCCUUAAACUUCAGGGAAAAAGUUUGUAUGGCACUGCUUAUCAUGGGGUUCAGUUCAACCCGGAAAUCAGUGUUCUGAAUCCAAUUUAGAGAAGUUAUUUAAUAUAUAUAUAGUUGUGGUUUGCAGUGCUCCAGAAUUGAAAUUCCAACCCUGUUUGUAUCAUGUAAAUUUCAGUUUUAGUGUACUGUCUUAGUUGUUUUGUUACAUAAAUAUUGUGUUCAAUCUGUACAUUGCCCUUGAAUUCCACAGAAAGGUGAAAAUUAAUCAUGUUAUUGAUAUAAACAUCAAUGAUUUAUUGAAGCAUGGUAUUUAUCUGGUAA